CAUUGGAAAAUGAGAGAUAUCAAAAGUUUAUUCCUUCAAAUGUCUUGUUUAUGGGUACAUCUCCGAACUAUGUCAAACACACUACCGGUGUUAAAAUGCAAGGCCAAAAAAAAAUCAAAUCACAGACAGAUUAAUCUAAUGGAUGCAUUCUCCUUUAUUUCUUGUGCUCUUAUUAUGCUUUUGAUAUCAACAACACUCAGCUCAUCGACAACAGUUGUCUACUCAACCACCGAUGAAGAUGCAUUACUCGCCUUCAUAAACGGCAUCACCAAUGGCGCCUUGAUCAGCAGCAACUGGUCCAGAAACUCCUCCAUCUGCGGCUGGACCGGCGUCUCGUGCGGUGGCGAACAGGGAAGGGUCACGGCCCUCAACCUCUCCGGCCUCGCACUCCGGGGAAACCUCGCUCCAGAUCUCGGAAACCUAACGUUUCUCCAAUCCCUCGACGUUAGCUCCAACAAUUUCGCGGGGGCCUUACCCUCCGAGCUCUCUAAACUGCGUCGUAUGAAGGAGAUAAACGUGGGAUUCAACAACCUCACCGGAGAAAUACCGUCGUGGCUCGGAGCCCUAUCUCAGCUCCAACAUCUGCAUCUCAACAACAACAAAUUCUCAGGGAGAAUCCCAUUUCCUCUGUUUAAUAUUUCGAAUCUGCAGACUUUGGACAUGGGCUACAAUCUUCUCCACGGAAGUGUUUCGGAGCAGAUCGGCAGGCUGUCUUCACUAGAAACGCUAAAGCUCGCCGGAAAUAGGUUUUCCGGCCGUGUGCCGACCGGAAUCGGGAAUAUGACGAUGCUUCGGAAUUUAUAUUUGGGUUCAAACCAACUUCAAGGUAGUAUACCAAGAGAAAUUGGACAUCUCACGUCAUUGGAGUAUAUGAUAUUUUCUCGGAACAACUUGACAGGUCGCAUACCAAAGCAAGUUGGCAAUCUUACUUCGAUAAAACAACUAGAUCUUGCUUACAAUAAAUUCACAGGCGAACUGCCGGAAGAGUUUGGUAAUCUAGCAAGCCUUGAGGUUUUUGCAGCGCCUUUCAAUGAUUUGUUAAAUGGUAGCAUCCCACCUUCCAUUUUCAAUAUCUCAUCUCUGCAGAUAUUAGCUCUUCAACAGAAUCUAUUUUCCGGCUCUCUUCCUCCAACCAUGGGGCGCUCGCUUCUCAACCUGCGAGAGCUUUAUUUAUAUUUUAACAGACUCACCGGCGAAAUUCCAACCUCUAUCAACAAUGCUUCUAAGCUUACUAUGUUGGAAUUGAAUAGAAACUCGUUCACCGGCCCCAUCCCCGACUUUGGUAAUCUAAGACAGCUGCGAGCGCUUCGACUCUGGGAAAAUAAUUUGACAGGAGCUGAAUCUCCUAAUCAGGAGCUCACAUUUCUCUCUUCUUUAACUAACUGCCGAGAUUUGAAGGUCUUAGAAAUACUACACAAUCCACAUAUGAAUGGAAUCCUCCCAGCUUCCAUUGGGAAUCUAUCUACUUCUCUUGUCACUUUUUCAGCAUCUAACUGCAGCAUUAGAGGUGUCAUUCCUUCUGAAAUUGGAAACUUGAACAGUUUGCAAAAAUUGGAUUUAUCUGAGAAUCAAUUCACAGGAUUCAUCCCGGAAACAAUGGGAAAAUUGAAGCAAGUCAUCGAGUUAUAUCUCUAUUCUAAUCAGUUGCAAGGAUAUAUCCCUCGCGAUCUUUGCAAUAUCAGUAAUUUGGGGAAUUUGUAUUUGGGUAGUAAUAUGCUUGCUGGUCCAAUACCUGAAUGUUUGGGGGAAAUUAAAUCGCUAAGAGAAGUAUUAUUGGCCUCAAACAAGCUGAAUUCUUCACUUCCUUCCAACUUGUUCAAUCUCAAGGACCUCAUAAUGCUCUACUUGUCUUCGAACUAUUUGAGUGGUCAGAUUCCAGAUGCAAUCGGAAAUUUGAAUGUUAUGAGAGAAAUGGACUUGUCCUAUAACAAUUUUUCAGGGCAUAUUCCGAGCUCAAUUGGCGGCUGUAAAUCACUUGAAUACUUGAAUUUAUCAGAUAACAUGUUUGAUGGAUCCAUCCCUCAAUCAAUGGGGGAGCUCAAAGGAAUGAAGAAAUUGGAUCUUUCCAAGAAUCAGCUUUCUGGUUUGAUUCCUGGGUCACUGACAGGGCUAGAUCUUGAAGAAGUUAAUGUAUCCCACAACAGAUUGGAAGGGGAGAUUCCGGAUAAGGGUUGCUUUGAAAACCUCACUGCGGAAUCUUUUCUCCACAACUUUGAUCUCUGCGGUGCACCAAGAUUCCAAGUGCCGCCUUGCGGAAGAUCAAAAUCAACUAGUGGUGUUUUCUGGCUAGUGAUGAAGUAUAUUGCUCCCUCCUUCUUUGGAGUCGUGGUUUUGGUGGUUGUCGUGAUUGUCCUCAUCAGGCGGCGGCGCAGACAGAGGAAUCUGCCGCCUGAAGCUGAGAUUCCAUCGGCUUGGAAGAGAGUCUCAGAGAGAGAAAUCAAGGAGGGAACGGGGUAUUUUAGUGAGACGAAUCUGCUUGGAAGAGGAGGGUUGGGUUCAGUAUUCAAAGCAACGCUUGCAGAUGGGACACAAGUUGCAGUGAAGGUCUUCAACUUGCAAUCAGAAAGAGCUACCAAGAGCUUUGAGACAGAGAGCCAGAUACUGAGCAGCAUUCGACAUAGAAACUUGGUGAAGAUACUUGGUUGUUGCAGUAGCCCCGACUUCAAAGCCUUGAUUCUCGCAUACAUGCCUAAUGGAAGCCUGGAGAAAUGGCUGCAUUCGGACGACUUGUGUCUGGAUCUUGUGCAACGACUGAAUAUAGCAAUAGAUGUGGCGUUGGCUUUGGAAUAUCUUCAUCAUCAUCAUACUUUCACGGUUGUUCACUGUGAUAUAAAGCCAAACAAUGUGCUGCUCGAUGCGGAUAUGAAUGCGCGUGUUGGUGAUUUUGGCAUUUCCAAGCUCUUUCACAACGGUGAAGAUGCAGUUCGCACGAUAAACAUGGCGACUAUCGGUUAUGCAGCACCAGAGUUUGGUUCGGAAGGAAUGGUUUCCAGCAACGGAGAUGUGUACAGUUUUGGGAUAUUGUUGGUGGAGAUGUUCACGAGUAAGAAGCCGACAGAUGAUAUGUUCAAUGGAGAAAUGAACAUAAAGGAGUGGGUGGAAAAUGCAUUAGAAGAAAACGCCAUAAGCGGAAUUGUAGCUGUUGGAUUGUUGUCAAGAGAAGAUCCACUAUUUUGGGGCAAGUUAGAAUGUGUAGAGUCUAUAUUUGAUUUGGCAAUGAAAUGUUUGGCCUUUUCGCCACGGGAAAGAAUCAAGAUGAUGGAAGCAGUAGCUCCUCUACAGAAAAUAAAAGCCAAAGUUCCAGUAGAGUAGGGGGUCGUUUGAUUUGCAGUU